AUGACAGAGCCUGAAGACAAUGAAUCCUCUUCUGAUGAUGAUGACUCGCAGACGGUUCGCCAUAGGUCCUCGAGACCAACUGAAGAAGGAUCUUCAGCUGCUGGUGAAGGCACAUCUGCUUCCCAAGUCCAAACGCCAACUAUUGCGAACAACUCUCCAUCUCCUGCGGGCGCUGCCAGUAAUGCACAGUCGGCCUCGAUCCCAGUGCAGAUCAUAGAUGAUAGCUCGCCUGAGGCCGAAGAUAGAGUACCGCUACCGGAUGUACCUCACGAGGAACCGAGCGAUAUACCUGUCCUGGAACAGAUAGCGCCUGACUCAAUCCCUAUUCCUAGCGAAGCUAGCCCAGAAGCAACACCAGUGGUCGUUGAGCAUGAGCCCCCAGCCGAGGAGAAUCCAAAUGCCUUCAACACUGAGGACGCUGAAGUUGAAGCUGUAGAGGCAGAAGCUGCUGAGCCCGCUCUUAAUAUGGUUGGUCAGGAACCUCUUCCCCCUGCCCCCCAAGUUACUGAAGCCGGAGGAUUGGGAAAUCUUCCUGAACCAAUGGCAGAGGCAGCACCUGUCGCUGAACCUCCUGAGGUUCCCGUCGCUGAGCAACCAACUCCCUUCACUCUGGAAAGAAUAUUUGAGGGUACUUCUCCGCGAGGGAGCCAUCACUGA